AUGGCUGCUGUUUGGGAUGGAGUGAGCUUUUCAGAAUGGUUUAGCACCAGCACAGGAGUCAAACAAGGAUGCCCACUUAGCGCUCUUUUGUUUUCGUUAUUUAUAGAUGUUGUUGCCCCUGAACUUCCUGGGGGAUUAAGAAUAGCUAGUUGCACCGUGAGGUUGUUACUAUACGAGGCUGACCUCGUUAUACUUUCAGAAUCACCCGAAGGUUUACAAUUGAUGAUCAAUCGGUUAUCUGCAUAUUGUAUGACCAUGUGUUACCAAAGACCAUCGGUGAAUCACAAUAAUUUGGAUCAAAAACCUACACAUUCCCCACCGUUGCAUUCACCCCAUGGCCAUAGAUGGAAUGAGCCAUACUUUGAUGUAACCAUGCCAAGGAAUAUUACGUCACUUGUGGGAAAGUCUGCAUAUUUGGGAUGUCGUGUGAAACAUUUAGGAAAUAAAACGGUUGCAUGGAUACGUCACAGAGACCUGCACAUACUCACCGUUGGAACAUACACUUACACUACGGAUCAAAGGUUCCAAACAUCCUACCACCGAGAUAUAGACGAAUGGACGCUGCAAAUAAAAUGGGCACAGAAACGUGACGCCGGGGUGUACGAGUGCCAACUAUCUACCCAACCAGUUAGAAGUUUUUCGGUAAACUUAAAUAUUGUUGACUCUAUUGACAGUGAAAAAAAUAGUAUUCUACAACAAUACUACAACGAUGACACAUUCUAUAUAAGCUCGGAUCGUGUCUAUCAAGGAAGUGAUGAUGAAUUUGCAGGACUUUAUGGACCAAUUCAAACCAUAGCCGUGCCAACAGCAACAAUACUUGGUGGACCAGACUUGUACGUGGAUAAAGGAAGCACCAUUAAUCUGACAUGUGCAAUAAAGUUUAGUCCAGAGCCACCGACACAUAUAUUUUGGUAUCAUCAAGAUAAGGUCAUCAGCGAAGACUCCGAACGUGGGGGUAUCACAUUUAUCACAAGUAAAUCCGAUGAUCCUAAAUCGAUUUUACUCAUAGACGAUGCUGAUUUACCAGAUUCUGGAAAAUAUUCCUGCUAUCCAUCGAAUACUGAAAUAGCCAGCAUACGCGUUCAUGUGCUUCAAGGUGAGCGACCAGAAGCAAUGCAAACUAAUGCUGCCACGCCAACAAUGCAAACAUCUAAGGUUACAUCUGGCGUUACCCAUAUAACGUUGUUCCUGCACUUGAUAUUAUUUCUAUGUGAGCUGGUACGGAAAAAUACCAUAUUCCAGUGUGUUCCCAACCGGCAGAAAGAACAACAACAACAACAAAAACACCGAAGUCCUUUGAAGUCAACUAGGCGCUGUUACAAACAGCUAUUGCCACAUGGACGGUGAUAAUUUGAUUUUAUUUUUUUAUUCAAGCGCCGCCGCAGCUAAAUGUUAUACUUUAAAAAUUUUAUACUAAUUCAAUUGAAAUUUUUAUAUACACGCGCAUUAAUUUUCCUAAAUAAAUCGUUUUAAUAUUAUUUUAAGUUCGAAAUUGAUACCAAAGAAAUUUGUACUAAAUUUAAAACUUUCUAUAGAAAAAUAAAAUAUAAACAUUUUGUUUGUAAGAUAUAAUUUAGAUAUAAAACAAAAUUAAAAUAAAAACUUUGUAUAUAAAUAAAAUUAUGAUUAAGCUUAGAUAUAAAAAAUAUGAUUAAAAUUAUUCGAAUGUACU